AUGUCGAAUCUUAGCCUUCAUGAACAAAGCGUACGCAAUCGAAAGCGUCCGGCAGAUGUUGAAGGUCCGGAAGGUCCGCCAGUACCGCCAAAACCCAACAAUACGAACUCCUCCCUUGCACCAACGCGCAGGGUCUACCCACCAGAGAUACGCCAAAGGCUGAAGCCUUUACCGCCUGUACCUAGUCUUGGUAGACAGGCUGCACUUGGAUUAGGGGACUCGGGAUCAAAACCACUACCAGAAACGCCAAAGGGUAUAGGUUACGGGACCAUUGUCCUGGGAAUAACUGGCUUCUGUGUGUGGUUCGUACUGAUCGUGGUCCUCUUACCUGUCAUCACGGAGAAGGACGCAAUGCCUGGCUUUAAUCGAUGGCUCCGAAGUUGGCGGCCAUGA